CGCUCGCCGUGCGCUGCCGCUGCGGGCUCGGGCUGGGGCUGCGCCGCGCGUGUGUGAGCGGGAGGGAGGGGGGGAGCGAGUGAGUGCAGAGCGCGCCGCUGCCGCCGCCGCCCUCCUGUCUCCUCGCUGCUCGCUCGCUGCUCGCGUCGCCGCCAUGGCCGGCUGGCAGAGCUACGUGGACAACCUGAUGUGCGAUGGCUGCUGCCAGGAGGCCGCCAUUGUCGGCUACUGCGACGCUAAGUACGUCUGGGCAGCCACGGCCGGCGGCAUCUUCCAGAGCAUCACGCCAGUAGAAAUUGAUAUGAUUGUAGGUAAAGACCGCGAGGGUUUCUUCACCAAUGGUCUGACUCUUGGUGCAAAGAAGUGCUCUGUGAUCAGAGAUAGCCUGUAUGUGGAUGGUGACUGCACGAUGGACAUAAGGACAAAGAGCCAAGGUGGCGAGCCAACAUACAAUGUUGCUGUAGGCAGAGCUGGCCGAGCAUUGGUUAUAGUCAUGGGAAAAAAAGGUGUCCAUGGAGGGACACUCAACAAGAAAGCAUAUGAACUGGCUUUAUACCUGAGGAGGUCUGACGUCUAAGCAGCCUCUCCCCAUCCAACUAGCAACUGUCUUCAUCACCUCCCAGUUUGUGUUCAGUGCUACCAGACUGUAGAUGGUAGUUUUAUGGGGGGUUUUUUUUAUUUACCCAUUUUUCUAAUGUCAUGAUUCCAGUUACCCUUUCGUUCAUUUGUAUGUUAACCACUGUAUGUAACCAAGUCCCAUAUCUGGCACCAUUGCAGCACAAAGAUGAUAUGCAUGAUAACUUGAAAAAAAUUGGGAGGGGGAAUAUGCCAAGUCUAGGCUUUGCUUUCUCUUAGCAAUUAGUGCGAUAUUGACAACUAAAACAACUUAAACACUAAACAAGGUGCCGAUUGUACAAUCUAAUUUGAUCAAUGCCUCUUCAGCACUUUGAGCAGUUACAAAGCUCAUUUAGUCUUCCUUUUGUAGAGCAUGGUUGGGAGGAAAAAGUGCAUGCAUAUCUUUACUUCUCUCCCUUUCCUGUCUUCAUCCACAUUUUGUUUGCUUUCACCAAUUUUUUUUAUACAGUGCCUGAUUUAACCAGUUUGCCGCUCAAAAGCGCUGUGUUGCGUUAGUUUUGUUGUUGCACUUCACUCUUCGUGUGUCUGAAGCGCGUACUGCUUAAUGAGUGCAAUUGCAAAACUAUCAGAAGGUGCAGAUGCACUGCCUCCCAUGACCUUACAACCACCAUCCUGAAUGAAUACCCAGGGACAUUCCAUCACUGCAAUAGCUCAGGCACUCAAUUUUUUUUGCCAGCUCCUGUUCUGUAGUUGAAUUGUAAAAGGCUGCCAUUAUGGACAUUAGAUAUCCCAACAUAACCAUCUGGAGUGUGUCCGGUUUCAGUUUUUCAUAGGACCAAUUUUAAUUUGCAGCUUAGGAGUUUUUUAUAUGAAACUGCGAUGUCAUUGCAGGAAACUACCACCUUCAGCUUGACUGGUAGCUUUGACUGACUCCAAUCUUCCUGUCAGGUCUUAUUGGUAAAGGGACUUGCUGCUAUAAUACCAGUGUUGGGUGAGGGUUGGUAGUUUAUAAGCUAAAAUUGUCAAUGAUACCAUUUCAAAUUCAAAAUCUUCAUUUGGCCUGUCACACCUUUGCUGCAGAAAUUGUGGAGUAAACUGCCUUGUGCACUAUCAUCUGAAACGUGUAACCAAACUGUCAGUUCAAGAUGGUACUAACUUGUAUGUCCAUUUUAAAGAGAACUGCAGAACUCUAUACAAAAGAAUAAAUGGGAGAUGGUAUUGGUUGGAAUAACUGACUUGGCUGUCUUGUGAUGCAUUUUUUAAUAUGUAUUCUGUGCCAUACUAUUGUUUAAAAAAAAAAAUGAACUGUUGCUAUUGUGAGAUGGAUUUUAACUGACUACAAGGGUUUCUUUCGAAUGGCACUACUUUAGGGACAUUCUAGUAUUUGCUUCUAUUGUUUGGGCCUUGUGGAUAAUGUACAGAUUUAAACAAAUUCUUGUUGCUGAUUUGUCCAUUUCUUUCCCUGCACUUUGUUACAUCUGGGAUACAGUCUAACUCAUCUGAUUUAAUAUGCAUUUCAAAAAAUGCCAUAACUAUUAAAACACCUUGUUUACAGAUGGAUGAAAUUAAAUUUAUUCCAACCAAAUGAAA